AUCCGAGCAUGAUGAUGGUGAUCGGGAAUCAAGGAAAACGCGAGAAGGGAACGAAUAAGCUCUUGUUAUCCAAGUUGACCGAUGAUCCGAUCGAUUGAUCCAGACGCCAAUGGCGAGACAAUGCCGGAGUACGGGGUUUUCAAAAAUGAAAAUGGUGUACGUUAUUGCGACCCAACGAGAGGUCGCUAAGUUAACUUCCCGACAAGGGAGCGAAACUGAUUCGUGGGUGUGCCAUUCCCGGGCAACGAACUUCUCCUCCACUGCCAUGCUUAAUGCCAAACCCAACUGGAGCCUCUGUCUUAUGUCAUUUCUCCUACAACUCCCGGUUUCACUGUCCUACAUAUGGCCAGCCUUCGAUAAAUCGUUCCGCAAGGAACGACCUGUUUCCCAUUGCUCGAGUCAGUCAGCAGCAUAUCGAGUCUCGGUAGACACGCAUUUGUUCCGAGGAAACAACCACCGCAGGUCGAAUACGGGACCCAACACGAGCUCCGUAAUACAAUUAUCGUCUUGACCUGUCGGCGAUCACGGCAAAUAUUCAACUGGCACCACAUCUACGAGCGUCUGGUGGCGGCCUAACGCUAUCAUUCCAUGAAAUCUCAGCAGCAUCACCUCCCGACCACAAACUCC